AUGAGUAAGACGAACGUGGAUGAUUCAGCGACGCUGAAGCAGGACCUUAAUGAGUACGAUCAACAUUACUUCAGUUCUUAUGAUCAUUACGGAAUCCAUGAAGAAAUGCUGCAAGACACCGUUAGGACUCUUUCGUACAGGAAUGCUAUUGUCCAGAACAAAGACAUGUUCAAGGACAAGGUUGUUCUCGACGUAGGGUGUGGAACUGGUAUUUUAUCGAUGUUUGCAGCAAAAAAUGGAGCCAAGCAUGUGAUUGGCGUGGACAUGUCGAGCAUCAUCGAGAUGGCUCGUGAAAUCGUGGAGCUCAAUGGAUUUUCUGAUAAAAUUACUUUGCUACGUGGUAAACUUGAGGAUGUGGAAUUGCCAUAUCCUAAGGUGGACAUCAUCAUAUCCGAAUGGAUGGGCUAUUUCCUGUUGUACGAGUCCAUGAUGGACACCGUGCUUUGGGCCCGUGACCACUAUCUUGUUGAAGGUGGGUUGAUCUUUCCAGACAAGUGCUCGAUUCAUAUCGCUGGUAUCGAAGAUUCGCAGUAUAAGGAUGAAAAACUAAACUAUUGGCAGGAUGUAUACGGGUUCGAUUACUCGCCAUUUAUUCCUUUGGUCAAGAGAGAGCCUUUGGUAGACACCGUCAACCACAGUGCUGUAAAUACCACAAGGGCAAAAUUGGUGGAAUUCGAUCUAAACACCAUCACGGUCGCUGACUUGGCUUUCAAGACCAAGUUCAAGCUUGAAGCGAAAGGACAAGAUUUUAUUAACGGGCUGAUCAGUUGGUUCGACAUCGAGUUCCCAGCUCCUAAGGGCAAGAAACCAGUGACUUUCUCCACCGGCGCCCACGCUCCUUACACCCACUGGAAACAAACUGUUUUCUACCUAGAAGACGAUCUAGAGUGUGAAAAGGGCGAUGUUCUUGAAGGUGACCUAACCUGCGCUCCUAAUAAGACCAACAACAGGGAUUUGGAUGUGAAAAUCCAGUACGAAUUCAAGGCUCAAGGUGCGGAAGCCAACCAAAGAUCCAAGAAAAACCAAAACUUGUAUUUGAUGCAUUGA